AAAUGACAGCUGGGAGCGAUGGUAGUUCAACAGCUCUGGAGUAUCGGGUUGCCCACCCCUGCUAUAAGCGUAGAUACAAAUGACUAUAAGGGUUAAGAAAGAAAAAAAACACCGCAUCAUUCUCGACUUCCUAGAGAGGUCUGGAAAUAUAAGACGCAGGAAGGGGAAGGCCUCUGCUUCCUUUCUUUGAAAGUGGUUCCUGGAUUUCUCCCGGUUUAAGAGAUAAACGGAGGUUUGCAGAAAAGUCUCACGGGCUUGCGGAGCAGAAGCUGGAUACGGAGAAGGCUCAGUUGUCCCUGCUGUGGCCAAAGACUCCUAUCUUGCUGCUGAGAACACUCCAUUGAUCUGUCUUUUUUACUGAUUUCUGCUCACAAAAAGGGACGUGGUGUUUUCUUCAGGUUGUGCUAAAGAAUAUGAGCCUGAGAGCCAUACCAGGAGUCAGGUCAACUUUGUGACAAAAUGGCUGCUGAGGACAGCACAACCUUGCCAUCUCUGGGAUUUCAGUUCCAGGCUGCCCUCAAACAGCAGAGGGGGAUAAAAAUGGAGGCCGGGGACCUCACUGACACUCAUGAUAUCCAGGCGGUGUGCAUUGGAGAGCCCCUGGCAUGGGCAGCCUCAGCACAUAUCAAGCAGGAGCCAGAAGAGGAGCAUUGGGAGGCCCAACAGAAGCGGGAGCUCCUGAAGGUAGCACAGCUCCCUCACUCAGGGUGGGGACACUCGCCGUUCAGAGAGGCCAUACUGUGGGACGAUACCAAGGCUUUCCCCGCUUCCUUUGAGGGAGCAGAUAAUUCUUCCAAAUGGCUGACAGGCGAGUGGGCGACUCAGCAGACGUCGGUCUUCGACGGGGGAGCUCAGCAGCCCUCUGGUAGGCCCAAGAGCAGCAGCGCCGGGAAAGGCCGCAGAAGAGGGAAGAAUGCCAUUCUUCUGAAGGAAGGGGUCGGAGCGGAGGCCCAGCGCCAGCAGUUCCGCCAUUUCUGCUUCCCUGAGACCAGAGGGUUGCGUCAAGUCUACAGCCGACUCCGGGAACUUUGCCACCAGUGGCUGCAGCCUGAGAGACGCAGCAAGGAGGAGAUUCUGGAACUGGUGAUCCUGGAGCAGUUUAUGACUGUCCUGCCCCAGGAGGUGCAGAGCUGGGUCCGGGAACGGGACCCGGAAACUUGUGCCCACGUGAUUGCGCUGGCUGAAGAUUUCCUGAUGAGGCAACAAGAGGCAGAGCACUGGGAGCAAGAGGCGCCGGGGACCUUCGUGGAGGUAACAGUGGAUUCCCCUGAGGGAGAACAUGUUCCAUCAGAUACCUGGCAGGGGCCACUCUCCAAGGAAAUCAAGCAGGAAGAGAAUGGAGACGCAGGUUCCAUAGGUGGCAGCAGAGAGUCUGAGAACGCGGAAGAGGAGCAGCGAGGGGGCGGUUCGGAGCCAUCGGAAUUGUGCCAGAUCUUCCCCAGGAGAUCCCAAGGGCCCCUCCCAUUACAGAGCGAGAGCUUUGAGGAAGGUUGCGGAUCAAAGAGUCAGCAGGAUCAGCCGCCAGUGAUGAUAUGGGAUGAAGCCGUGAUGCAUGCGGAAGGUAAUGAGGCUGUGACAGAAGCAGUGCUUCAUGGGAAAGAGAUCAAGCACCUAUGCCCCGAGUGUGGGAGGAAUUUCCAGCACAAAUCAACUUUAAUUAGACACCAGAAGAUGCACACUGGGGAAAAGCCCCACGUGUGCCUGGAGUGUGGGAAAACCUUCCGGCGGAGGGAUAAACUGAUUAGACACCAGAGAAUACACACAGGGCAGAAACCCCACGAAUGCCCAGAGUGCGGGAAACGCUUCCGCGAGAGAGGCAAGCUGAUCAACCACCAGAGAAUUCACACAGGUGAGAAGCCCUACACCUGCCCAGUGUGUGAGAAAACCUACCGGUGGAAAGAAGAGUUUGUUAAACACCUGAGAAUCCACACGGGGGAAAGACCUUACGAAUGCUGCCACUGCAGGAAAACCUUUAUUAGCAAAGCCCACUUGGUCUCCCACCACCGGAUCCACACGGGGGAGAAGCCGUUUGAGUGCCUGGAGUGUCGGAGGCGCUUCUGUAGCAAGCAGAGCCUCGCCAAACACCAGCGCGUCCACACAGGAGACCGAUCCUUUGAGUGCCAGGACUGUGGCAGAAUCUUCCAUUACAUUUCAAACUUCACCAAACAUCAGAGAAUCCACAUGAAUGAUGGAAUCCUAUGAUUGGUCUGUCCAGGGCGGCCCAGGGUGCUACGGUACCUGAAGCAAGGCACCAAAGGCUGCCUUGCCCCACACCCCUGCUGGGGGGCAGCCCCUUUUCAAAACAGACAUUUGUAACCUUUGGAAGUGGUGCAGGGAGGAGGGAAGCUUGCCAGCAGCCUCCUCUUCCCGCCUCAAGCUUCUUGCAAGCUUGGCAAGGCGUGUGAGGAUAGGUGCUCCUUGCAAAGCUUGCCAGGGUCAGCUUGGCCCCAAAGAACUGCCCAUGUGAGGUCCCUUGCUGCCCUGCUGGCAUCCAGUAAUAUGCCACUUGAGCUGACUGCUCCGCCUCGCCUCAUGACAGGAUUGCCUCUGAGUCUGCCGAGAACAGAGUGGAGGGUCUGUGAUAGGUUUGCUGCUUCCUCGGCAUGGUCACACAUGUUUAAAUUUCCUGUUGGCUGGGGUCCCCCUGAUCAAUGGCUAAUUUGCCCAGAGUAAAGUUCAAGUUCACUUUGCAGGACAUAUUAAGAGGUUAAAGUCUAUCUAGGCGGCAAUGUAUUUAAUCUAUUGAGCGAGGCCCUCAGAUUUUGAUCAGUGGUACCAUCCCAGAGGAUGAAUGCCCAUCGUGAUUUCUGGCAACGCCUACCCCUCUAGGGUGGGGAAUAGGUGAUAGCAGUGUGGCACUUACUUCUUUCUCUGUGUUAUCAGCCCUUCUUUAUCCCUGCUCUCAGACAAUUAGGUUGAAGUUGUUUUUGCACAGAGGAAAGGGGUAGGGUAGGGUCAAGGUUAGGGUAACAAUGAACAAAUUGUUAUACUCUCUCCAUGGAGUAAUCUUUGCAGGACAUUCCUGCCAAUUUGCAUUUCCAUUCCUCUGACAACAUCAAUAGAAGUGUGCGUUUUUUAAAAAAGUUUUCAAACACCCAUUGCAAAUUUGGCUGUUGCAGGCCCGAUGGUCAGGAAAAUAAAAGCAUAACACACAGAAAGCUGAAAAUAUUGCAAUUCUAUCACCUAUUUUCCAUCUAUAGGGCUGUAGUCAAAAAUCACAAUGAGCAUUCAUCCCCGCAAGUGCUACCAAUCACCCCAGCUACUAAUUCCAACACUGUUGUUGGAAUUAGUACUAAUGUACUAAAUUCCAACAAGCGCACAAAUUAUGAGGGGAGAUGUUAUGAGGCAUCUAUAUAAUAUUUAAACAGGUUGUGUAAUUUCUUAGUGCCAUUUACUGGCCAGCUUCUGACAAUCUGUGAAAGACCCAUGCCCUUUUCAAGACCCUUCCAGAUGCGUAUGUAUUCCAACAUCAGCACAAAUUACCAUGUGGGGAAUCCACACUUAGAAAAAGGAGGUUGCACUAUAUUCUUAGUAUCUCCUGCUGGUGAUUUCCCCUCACCCCAUGUUCUUUAUACUGGGGCUGGGGAGACAGUUGUUUCACAGAUUGCUGCAUUUUGCCUGCAGACUUCACUAAGAAUAUCAUAGUUACCUGAAUCCAAGAUGACCCCGCCCCCACCCCGCCACCCAAGCUCUUUAACAACAUAAGCCGGAGAUCAUCUUAAACUCGGGCAGUGGCUGAUAGCAUGUGGUUACACAGAGAUGCUUGCAGCCUGUGCGGUACUGGUGCCCCCACCCUCUGCAGCUGCUUAUAGGGAAGCCAAACCCCACAUUUACCUGGCAAUUCACUCACAGGCAACAUCCCCACCCCGGCCCCUCCGUCUCAACAGUCACUGGGAAAAGCUCGACUUUAAAGGAAGCCAAGCCCUGUGCUUCUCUGGCAAUGGCUGGGAUGUUGGGAUCAGUCAGGAUAUGGUGGGAGGUGAACACUGGGAAGGAAUCCCCUUACCAGUGCUCACUGCACACAUGCCUCCCGCCACCCCAGUGGUUGCCAGAGAAGUACGGGACUUGGCUUCCCUUAAGGCCAAACGUUCCUCAGCAACUAUUGAGACGGCAGGUGGGAUGGCACGGUGAGCGCCGAGAGGGGUUCCCCGCACACAUCACCCACUCCCUCGGCAGUCACUGGGGGAAGCUUGGCUUUAAAGGAAGCCACAUCCCUUACUGCUCUGGCAACAGUUGGGGUGGCAGGCAGUGUGGGCAGUGAGUGCAUUUUCAGCGGUCAGUGAAACGCUCGCUGUGCCUCCCAAAACUCGCCUCACACAUCUUCCUCCUGCCAUGCCAGCCACAGCCAUGGCCAGAGAAGGAUGGGCCUCUGCUUCCCUUUAACAGUCCGUGAGGGGCCCUGCACCUGAAGCACUCAGAAUUCCUCUCAGUGCUCACCUCACGCCUCUCCUGCUAUACCCUGCCUGCCACAGCUGUUGCCAGAGAAGUAUGGGCAACCCUUUAUGGGCUUCCCUUUAACAACCUGUGAGGGGUCCCGCACCUGAAGCACUCAGCAUCCCUCUCAGCGCUCACCUCACACAUGUCCCACCAUCCCAACCAUCUCCAGGGAAGGACCAGUAUGAGGCUUGGCCUCCCUUUAAGGACUCCCUGCCCCCAUGACCAGAAGCUCACAGUGUAGCUUCCUAGUGCUCACACCACCUGCCACAGUCCGCAUGCUAUUCCAAGCGUCACUGGUGCAGUGAUUGUAACUGUAGAGAUGAUCUUGAUCAAUAACAGAGGAACAUAUAGGAAGCUGCCUUUUGCUGAGUCAAACCAUUGGUCCAUCUGUAGCUCAGUAUUGUCUACAUCAGGGGCUCCCAACCUGUGGUACUCCAGGUCUUGCUGAACUAUAACUCCCAUCACCUCCAGCUCCAAUUUAUUGGAGUACCACAGACUGGGAACUCCUGGUCUACACUGACUGGCAGCGGCUCUCUAAGGUUUCAGGCAGGAGCCUUUCCCAGCCCUACCUAGACAUGCCAGGGACUGAACCUGGUACUUUCUGCAUGCGAAGCAGAUGCUCUACCACUGAGUUAUGUACUGCAAAUGCUGCAACAUACCAGUACCACACAAAUAGAGCUAACAUAAGUUAGUUAAAGUAGCUCUUUAAAAAAAAAAUUAGAAAGGUACUCGUGAACACACAUUCCCAUCUCACACAGGGAACCAGUGAGAUGCAGCAUGAGAAGCAUUUAUGCUUCUUGAAAGCACUGUCAAUCACACAGGCAUGGGACUUUAUAGGGAGACUUUAGGUACCAUAAUUGGGUUAGCCUGUGAUUGAAAAGAUCUCAAGUUGCAGUAAGGCCGAAGUAAAGGAAUGAUGGCAGUGCCUUUAUUUAAGUAGCUCUUGUGCUGAAUACAAUUGUCCACUAGAUCUAAUAUAUCUGAUUCUGUUGUGUUCAUGUUUACCUCCCAUGAAGGAAGUUUGUGGCCCAGUACCAUAGU